ACGCGCCGCAGACUUCUUAGAAAUUGGUGAGGAUAUUGCUAUGUAUUGUUGUUCAUAACUACGUCUAACAUUUACUCUUUCCCUCCCUGGAUGGAAGAUGCCUUUUACCGACAAAGGAAAGUCCUGUGCACGGGCUGUUCACAGCUGUGCAAAAUGCAAUCGACGAUUCACGAAAAAGGAAUCUAAGGAAGGUUUCAUACAGCAUUUAAAGAGUUUGAAACAUCAGACCUCCAAAGCUAGUGUACCAGAAAGCUGUGGUCAUUGCGUUCGUUCCUUCUCGAGCACCACAGCGUUAAUCCAACACUUGCAAAAUAAUCGCCACCAUUUGAAAGAUUUACACCACGCCGCUUGCACGGGAAAGUUUCAACUCGUUGAGCAGUUAAUGAGAACUGAGGCCGCAAACUGUCCAGGAGAUUCUCAUCUUCCUUCGAAACAUCAGACAGGCUACACGCCGAUGCAUUGUGCAGCCUUCGGCGGCCAUGAUGAGUGCUUAAAGAUAAUGCUUAACUGGCCCGAUGGAGACCCGAACGUCGUUGAUCCCACCGAUGGCCGAACUCCUGUUCAUCUCGCAGCAUGGAAAGGAAACGGCGUUUGUCUCAGGCUAUUGCUCAGGAAGGGUGGUAAUCUGCGUCAACUUGAUUCAAAUGAAAACACACCAAUUUCUUUAGCCAGAGAUCCAUAUUGUUUGGCUAUAAUUGUCUACCAUUUAUAUGAGACAGAAUUCAAGCUGAAUGUGGAAGGGUCCAUAGAACUUAUAUGGAGGAGUCUUUGCAGGGAAAACCGUUCAAUGGUUUCUGCGCCAAUCAGAGAACUCCAAGACCCACGCAAUGCUGGCAGGAUCAGUCAAUCCAGCCAUGAAGGAUUUUCCAGGAAGCCAUAUAAAGUCCUUGCAAGGGGUGAAUUGGCAGUUGAAAUAUUCAAUCAGGCACUACGUGAGGGAAAAGCAUGCAUAUCUCGCAUGCAACUCACCGUUAUAGGGGAUGUCGGGGUCGGAAAGACAAGCCUGGUGCGUUCUCUCAGUGGGGAAGAUUUUGAAGAAGAAAGAAAAGAAACGCAUGGAAUUGACACUUCCAUGGUUGAGAGGACCGAGUUGGACGAGUCGUGGCAUGCUGCAGACCCAAACAAGUCCCAAGUCGAUGAAAUUUUAGCAGACAAAGUUUGUCAAGGAAUUCAGCGUUCUCCUAGGGUGGGCCAUCCUUUUAAUACUCAAGGAAACCAGCUUAGUCGUACUGGUGCAAGCGAUGGGGACCAGACAAGCUUAGCAAAAGAGUCACCUGCCUCACAGCAUAGUCUAACGCGCGGAGGGAAGUCUUCACGAGAGAUUCCAAUCGAUGAGAUCAUGCGAAGGCUUAGUCUGAGUUCGGAAGCAUCUCUGGGUGAGAGCGAAAAGAAGUACGCUAAGAUCAGCAUUUGGGACUUUGCUGGCCAUUCUUUGUACGAAGCUAUGCAUCAUGUUUUUCUAAACAGGCGUUCCUUUUACCUUACCGUACUAAAUUUGGCUCGGCUGUGUGACCUUGACAGUGCCAGCCAAGUUCUAGAAGAGGCUCAUUUUUGGCUAAAUUCUAUAAGCGUGCAUGCUCCCCACACGACACCUGUGUUCCUUGUGGGAACACACAGCGGCGAGGUGAGCGAGAAAGACAUGGCAACGGCAGAGAAGACAAUUUAUGAUAAAUUUGUCGAGAAGUUUGGUCAACAACUUGUGAAAAGCAAGGAAAACAGUUUUCUCUUUCCAGUAGAAAACACCUUUGGUGGCAAAGAUCCUGGAGCAGUGGCUUUAAAGAAGGCCAUCGAAAAUGAGGCAGCACGACUGAGGAAAAUGGACGAGGAGCUUCCACUUUUGUGGCUUCAUUUUGAAGAGGAAAUUCUGAAGUGCAGAGAGGAGCAAGAAUUUCCCCCAUGUGUCCGUAAGCCUGCUCUAAAACAGAUGUUGGAGCAGAUUACAUCCCGUAGUAUCGAUGAUAGAGAGUUUGGAAGCAUGCUACAGUUCUAUCAUGAUAGUGGUGUAAUCAUCCUCCCAGAGGAGCUAAUGCCUCCUGCACUCUUCCACUACUUUAUUGUUCGCACUGGCUCAAGAAGUCAGUCCAGCAAUGGUAUGAGACCGAUCAUCGCUAAAGGGAUGGCCAUAUUCUCAUUUGGAGACAGUUUCUUCAUCCUUACAGAGAUGUGUCAGAAACACAACCAAAUUCGAAUAAAGGCCAGGUACAAAAAUGAGAAAAAGCUUCAUGAGUUAUUUUACAUCUUGAAGACGAUAAUGACGGACAUCUGCCAGCGCCAGUUUCGAUUUCUCAAGUUCCGUUUCGGACCUACUUGUCCCAACCCACGUUGCCCCGGGUCAUCCAGUGAAGGUACAGUUCUUCCAGUGGACACCUCCUCUGACGGAAGUGAUAAUGAUGACAACGAUGAUGCCGAGUGUGGUGAGCGGGAGUCCUACGUUGAUUCCCCAACAGAAGGUGUUCGUCGCCAUGUAAUCUGCAUAGACCCAGCUGUUGCAUCGAAGCCAAUGUGGUGUAACUCCACUCCGGUCCAUGAAUUCGAAGAAAUCAAACAAUGGCUUGUUAAGCCACAAGAUGCCGUUUCGAAGGUCCCAGAAGACUCUCCUUGUUAUUCAAAACCUGUCGAGCCUUGCUGCCUUGCUCUAGUCGCUAAAGAACUGGCCUACAAAUGGAACUGGCUUGGGAGAAGUCUCUCGGUACCAGACACAGUCAUUGAGACCAUUCAGGCAGAAAACCAGUCUGAAGAAGAAAGGGCAUAUCAAGUCCUCACGCGGUGGAGUCGAAAGAUGGGUUCCGUAGGUACAGUGCAUGCGCUGAUGAAAGCGAUCCAAGAGGUUGGCGACGUUCCACCCUUGGAGGCUUUUGAUCGACACCUUGGGGAUCGCCAC